AAAGGUUUCGGACGUGAGAGCAGAAAGAGGUUGGGGAAAGUGGGUCGAUGAGCAGUAGCCGAACGCGUGGUGUAAGGAGGAAGUGGAUUAAAAGAAACGGUGACAGCGCCCCUGCGCUAUGCUCUUCGGUGUCGGUGCACCGUGCCGCCAGCUGUGGCCAUGUCGCCGCCGGAUAAGGAUCGCGGAGCUGCGCGGAGGGGCAUGUUCUGCGUCGCCGGCCCGCCCUCCGUCGCAGGCGCCGCUUCGUUGGCGGCCAAGGCCCCGAGCAGAGAAUUGUAGUAUUAGGUUUGAGAAUGUAGCUAAACUAUUUUCCCGAAUUUUACUAAGUUUUGAAGGGAUAUUGAAAAAUUUCCGCGAUAAACGGAUCAUUGCAGCAAAAGUUCGAUUUAAAAUGGCUAGA